UUUGUCACCGUCGCUGUUUCUCAACUGAGUGGAAGCGGAGGGGCUGUAGUGACUUGAAAGGGACCAUCGCAUACCAUGAGGGACUGACCUGCCGCACAGUGCCGAUAUUUUAGAGGUCCUCGUCUCGUCUUUUUUCCGCAGUAAUGAGAGUCUGGAUGACUGCAAAGCGCCCCCCUAAACGAGACACUGCCGAGGACGCGAUUUUUGAGGUGUAGUUAUAUUAAUGGAAUAAAGGCAGUUUAUACAGCAGCAAUGUCUGGAAAAUCAGAUGGGAAAAAGAAGUGGGCGGCGGUCAGGGAUCGCCUGGGUUCCUCGCAGGAUUCUGACACUCAGCAGGAAGCCAACCUGGAGAAUUCUGAUCCAGAGCUGUGCAUCAGACUGCUCCAAGUCCCCACUGUCGUCAACUACUCUGGGCUGAAGCGCCGCCUGGAAGGCAGCGAUCAGACAUGGAUGGUGCAGUUCCUGGAGUUAAGCGGGCUGGAUCUCCUCCUGGAGGCCCUGGACCGUCUCUCUGGGCGCGGAUGCUCUCGCAUUGCAGAUGCUCUCCUGCAGCUCACCUGCGUCAGCUGCGUCCGAGCUGUGAUGAACUCGGCGGCGGGGAUUCACUUCAUCAUAGAAAACGAGGGAUACAUUCGGAAGCUCUCCCAAGCGUUGGACACCUCCAACACCAUGGUGAAGAAGCAGGUGUUUGAGCUUCUUGCAGCCCUCAGCAUGUUCUCUCUGGACGGUCAUCGGCUGGCACUUGACGCCCUGGACCAUUACAAGGGCGUAAAGACGCAGCAGUAUCGCUUCAGCGUGAUUAUGAACGAGCUCCAGGCCACAGAUAACGUCCCUUACAUGGUCACGCUCCUCAGUGUCAUCAACGCUCUCAUCUUCGGGACAGAGGACCUCAGGCAGCGGGAUAGGAUGAGAAAGGAGUUCAUCGGGCUUCAGUUACUUGAUGUUCUGCCAAAGCUGAGGUGA